UUUCUCAUGUUGACUCUCUUUCAUGGCAGUGUUACAUGGAAGCCAAACAACUUCAUCGAGCACCGCCGUCCUCGCAUUCACCAGCCUACUGCGCAAUUCUCCGAGCAGGCCCACGUCUUAAACCUCUUCAACAAGUCCACGCGCGGAUCGUCAUUACCGGGCUGGGUCGUAGCCAAUCCCUCAUCACCAAACUCCUCUCUUUCGCUUGCGCAGCCACUUCACCCGUUUGCUACACUCGUCGCCUCUUCCUUUCGAUCUCCAAGCCCGAUACUUUUCUCUUCCAUUCCCUAAUUACAUUAACCUCCAAAUUCAAUUUCCCUCUUGAAUCCCUUGUCUACCAUCGCCGGAUGAUAUCAGCCAAUAUUUCACCUUCAAACUACACAUUCUCGGCCGUGGUUAAAUGUUGUGCCGAUUUAAUGGCUUUUAAUAUCGGUAAAACUGUUCAUUGUCACGUUUUGAGUUGUGGGUACAGUUUGGAUUCGUAUGUUCAAGCGGCUCUAGUGAGCUUCUAUGCAAAAUCUGGUGAUUUGGGGGUUGCUCGUAAGGUCUUUGAUAAAAUGCCUGAAAAAACUGUAGUAGCUUGGAAUUCAAUGAUUUCAGGGUACGAGCAGAAUGGAUUCGGGAAGGAAGCAAUUGGGUUGUUUUAUUUGAUGCAAGAUUCGGGAGUUAAGCCGGAUUCCACAACAUUUGUUUGUUUGUUAUCGGCUUGUGCUCAGUUAGGUGCAGCUGGUUUAGGCUGUUGGGUGCAUGAGUAUAUUGUUAGAAACUGUUUCGAUGUGAAUGUGGUGCUUGGCACGGCAUUGAUUAAUAUGUAUUCGAGGUGUGGAAAUGUAAGUAAAGCGCGAGAGGCUUUUGAUUCAAUGGAGGAAAAGAAUGUUGUUGCUUGGACUGCUAUGAUUUCAGGGUAUGGAAUGCAUGGUCAUGGUAGCCAAGCAAUUGAGCUCUUUAGUGAAAUGAGGGUUCAUGGUCCACGACCCAAUAAUGUUACAUUUGUUGCCAUCUUAUCAGCUUGUGCUCACGCAGGGCUUGUUAAUGAAGGGCGCCAGAUUUUUGCCAGCAUGAGGCAACAGUAUGGACUGAUGCCAUCAGUGGAGCAUCAUGUUUGUGUGGUGGAUAUGCUUGGUCGUGCUGGACACUUGCAUGAAGCGUAUCAAUUUAUCAUAAGCGUGAUACCUGAAGAGCCAGCUCCGGCAGUCUGGACUGCAAUGCUUGGGGCUUGCAAGAUGCAUAAGAAUUUCGAUCUUGGAGUAGAAGUGGCAGAGCAUCUGUUAAGUAUUGAACCAGAAAAUCCAGGCCAUUAUGUAAUGCUUUCGAAUAUAUAUGCAUUGGCAGGUAGGAUGGAUCGAGUGGAAAAGGUCAGAAACGUAAUGAUAAGGAAUCGACUGAAGAAGGAAGUUGGCUAUAGCACCAUAGAUAUUGAUCAGAAGAUUUGUUUGUUUAGUAUGGGUGACAAGUCACAUCCCGAGACAAAUAAAAUUUAUCUGUAUUUGGAUGAGUUGAUGAGUAGGUGCAGGGAAGCUGGCUAUACACCAGCAUCCGAAUCUGUGAUGCAUGAAGUGGAAGAAGAGGAGAGAGAACAUGCCCUCAGAUACCACAGUGAGAAGCUUGCAAUAGCAUUUGGGCUAUUAAAAACCAGCUCUGGUGUGGCCAUCAGGAUUGUCAAGAACCUCCGAAUGUGUGAGGAUUGUCAUACAGCAAUCAAGUUUAUCUCAAUUGUUACUAAUAGAGAGAUUAGUGUCCGUGAUAGGCUUCGCUUCCACCUUUUUAAAGAUGGCUCAUGUUCUUGUCAAGACUAUUGGUGAUGAACUUCACUUGUUAUCAAAAGCUUGAGCAAUUUCUCAGUUUCAUCACCAUUUUUGAAGAGAAGUAGUUGGGAAUGAGGACUGUUUGACAACUUGAUAAGUGAAGAUUGAUCAGCAUACAUAACACUGUGACAAAUGCCAAAGGCCAAUUUGACAUUUAUGCAUAAUUAAAUGUUUGGCAAAUCAGGAAUGGCAUUUUGAACACUUACCAAAAGGAUGCCUUGUCAGUAUUUGAAGAGCAUGAGGUAACGGACAGGGUUGGUCUGAUUUCUACGGCACGCUAGGAUAGCAACUAUUCCAUCCAAAAGGUAAUUGACAAGCCAAAUUGUGUAUUAGUUUUCUAUUCUCUACGCAAGGAAGGAACAACAUGCUAAUUAUAUGAAAAUACCGAGAUACAGACAGCCAUGACGCACAAAGGAGUGGAUUAAUGACUGUCCUUUCACUCCAAGAGGCUAAUCCCCCUAAACAAAGUUGUAUUUUUAUUGGUCCACAGGGCAAAACUAAUAACAGCGUUAGUACUCUCCCUACUAACUUUUCUUACCA